AUGGCGCGGGAAGAGUCCCACCUGGCUCCGCGUCCGUCCUACGACGAUGGCUCAUCGACCCAAAACGACGAAGACUACGCCUUGUUGACCGGCGAGCGAUCGACUCGUCGGCACGAUGGACGGAUCCGGACUUCCUGGAGGGAAAUUGGAGUGUUUGCUUGGGCUCUUGUUGCAACGGUUUUGGUAAUUGUGCUGGCUGUGAUCUAUCCACACAAGCCAGCGGAAUCUCACAACCAUUAUUCGUCCAACACAACCUGGGGUCCUGGAGGCAAGCCAACCGGGAAGAGAAAUUUGAUUUUCAUGGUUUCUGAUGGCAUGGGACCUACCAGUCUCUCCCUAACUCGAAGCUAUCGGCAAUACAAGGACGACCUACCGCUUGGCGACAUUCUGGUUUUGGAUAAACACCACAUUGGAACUUCCCGCACUCGAUCAAGCUCUAGCUUAGUGACAGACUCUGCAGCUGGAGCAACGGCUUUCUCCUGUGGCCGUAAGAGCUACAACUCUGCUAUCUCGGUGCUCCCUGACCACUCGCCUUGCGGAACUGUCCUUGAGGCUGCUGCGUUGGCGGGCUAUAAGACAGGUCUGGUUGUCACCACUCGCCUGACGGAUGCGACACCAGCAUGCUUUGCGGCACAUGCCAAUCUGCGAAACUACGAAGAUCUGAUUGCGGCGCAAGAAGUUGGAGAACAUCCGCUCGGUCGGGUAGUGGAUCUUCUGCUUGGCGGUGGACGGUGCCAUUUCUUGCCUAACUCCCAGGAAGGCAGCUGCCGUGGCGAUGAUCAUGAUCUAGUCAAGGUUGCUGCUGAUAAUGGUUUCGGUUAUAUUGAUGACCGCGCGGGCUUCGAUAGCCUCAAGGGCGGCGAUAAUGUCAGUCUGCCCCUGCUGGGUCUCUUCGCGAAUAGGGAUAUUCCUUUUGAGAUCGAUCGCCGUACUCAAAAUGAGACAUAUCCCUCUUUGGAGGAAAUGACUCGCACUGCUUUGAAGGCUCUGAGCAAGGCCACCGAGGAUAGCGAGCAAGGAUUCUUCGUCCUGAUUGAGGGCUCCCGCAUCGAUCAUGCCGGCCAUAGCAAUGAUCCUGCCGCUCAAGUGCAUGAGGUUUUGGCUUAUGACAGGGCCUUUGCAGCCGCACUCGAGUUCCUGGAGAAUGAUUCUACCCCUGGUGUGAUCGUCAGCACAUCCGACCACGAAACCGGUGGUCUCUCUGCGGCACGACAGCUGCACAAGAGCUACCCCGAAUAUUUAUGGCUUCCAGAAGUUCUGGACAAGGCUAGCCAUUCUGGCGAAUAUCUUGCCGUCCAACUGGAGGAGUAUCUCUCUGGCUCAGGCAAAGACGACAAGGAUUCGGCCAAACAGGCUUGGAUUCGGGAAAACCUUCUUGAGAAUGGGCUUGGUAUCGAGGAUGCUACAGAUGCCGAAGUAGACGCCUUGCUCCACCCAGACCCCCAGAUCACUACAGAACACGUGUUUACAGAUAUUAUCAGUCGCCGAGCCCAGAUUGGCUGGAGCACUCAUGGACAUUCCGCUGUCGACGUCAACAUCUAUGCGUCGUCUUCCAGGGACGCUUGGCCGUUGGCUGGCAAUCAUGAGAAUACCGAGGUGGGAGAGUUCCUCGCAGACUAUCUCGACCUCAAUGUCGACAAUGUCACCAAGUUGCUCCAGGAUACCAAGUCUGGAAUCUUGCAAUCAUAUGACUGGAUGGGUGAUCGUCUCGGUAUGACUUUCCAUACGGACGGACUGGAUGGAUACCACGGAGACUUCAAGAAGCGAUCUACCGAUGACUGUGGAUGUGGUGCUGCCCACUAG